AUGGAUAAGGAAGUGAAUGGUUUCUCGGGGAGAAUUGGGUAUCCCGCCGCAAAGGAAACUCAUGCUCAACUCUCUCGUUUGUUGGAUGUUCGUGCCGGCCGUAAAAAUGUAGACGGAGGACGAUCGCCGUGUUUGAUAGCGUUUGAGAUCUCCACACGACAACAGCGGUAUAUGAAGGCGGCACUAAACGCUAUACGGCCCAUUGGUAACACACGUUUGCCUUACUUUCAGGCGGAUUAUCUUUUAGAAACUAGUGAGUUCUACCCAACCCUAAAGUGGAAGGAAGUAGCAGAGUGUAUAAAUAGUGGUCCAGCCGUUGAAAUAUAUUUUUAUAUAUAUGAUAGUAAACGUAUGACUCCAAAUGAUUAUGAAGAAUAUUAUCAACGAGUUAUUAAAGAUGAAUAUAAAGAUAUUCUUGGAUUUUUCACAACUGUGGAUGGUCUUGUUCCGUUAGUGGAUUAUCUGCAUGCCAGACACUUUGGUGGGAUGCCACCCCCUACUACCUUUCUUACUCCACAGGGAAGAAUGUCAAGUAUACAGAGAGUUGGGGAUGGAAGAAGUGUAGAUGCAGAAACAAGAGGAACAGCAACAGUAACAAAUCCAUGCAAACAUCGAACACGUAUUCUUUAUGGAAAUGAUGUGGAAACUUCUGUAAAACGUCGUCAAGAUAAAUACAGUAUGCAACUUACUUUGCGAGAUCAUGGUUUGGCAUAUAUUCGAGGAACUUCUGGAUAUUCUUCAGAUGAAUUAAAACAAUGGAGAAGUAAAGAAGGUAUUCCUUUUCCUGUUAUUGUUAAACCUGUAAGUGGUGGUGGUUCUGAAUAUGUUUCACUUUGUCGUAAUGAUAAUGAUAUUGAUACAGCUUUUCUCUUAUGUAACGAUGCGAGUACCGUACAAUGGACACAAGCCUCUCAUAUGGUACUUCAAGAGUAUAUAGAGGGACAAGAGUAUGUGGUUAAUGUUGUCAGUUAUAAUGGACGACAUGCUGUUUCGGAUGUAUGGAAAAGUUGGAAGUUUCCUGCUGAAUUAACUAUGCCACGAAACAUUACAGAUUUAUAUGGAGAUUCUAAAUCAUCUCAUCAAACAAAAACUCCUAUUUCUUCCUCUUUGGAAUGUAAUACUACAGCAUUAUUGUAUGAUCGACUUGAAUUUGUACAUAAUCUGGCUGAAUUACAUGAAGAGAGUGAAGAACGACGUGUUGUAUCAUAUGUUCUUCAAUGUAUUGAUGCUUUGGGUAUGCGGCAAGGGAGUUCACAUUGUGAAGUUCGUGUGGAUUACAGACCUGGAAGUAAGAAUAAGGAUAAACCUGUUCUUAUUGAACUUAAUGCAAGAGUACUUGGCGAUACUCCCCGUUCAACACCUUUUGUGGGUUAUGAUCAAAUAAUGCUUAUGGUAUAUUUGGCUUAUUGUGCAGCAUGUAUACCUGAAGAUCACCUUUUAUGUGGUAGUGGAAAUGGUAUAAGUAGAAAUGGUAGUAGUUCAGGUAGUAAUAUGAAAAGUAAUGAAGUAAAUAAAAUGAAUGAUACUCGCAGUAUGCUCCCAUGGCCACCUGUACCACUUCUUUAUCGUUCACUCUCAUCCAAUACUACAUGUCAUGUGAUUUUUUUACGUACGAAAGAAGAAUCAUAUUUCUGUACAACUGGUUUAAAUUAUUUGAGAAAAUUACCUACAUUUAAAUAUAUUUCAAGGAAUGCCAUCUUUGAUGGACAAAAUAGGUUAAGUUAUCGAUACCUUCUUAGAAAAACAACAGAUCUCUUAACCUCACCUUGUGCGUGUGUAAUGGAAGGUACUGAAGAGGGUAUUCGUCGAGAUUAUGCGAUUAUUCGUGAAAUGGAGAAUAAAGAUAUCAGUUCCUGGAAUGUAUUCCUAGAUAAUGCACUCGUUGCUAAAGGAUUGGAUGUGCUGUGUUUAACGAAAUCCGCCGACCGUGUCUCUGCUCGGAAUUCCCCUGCUGCCACUAAGAAUAAUAACAACAGUAAUAACAAUAACAAUAAGUACAGCAGUGAUCUGUUGGAGCGGGGCGCUACACGGAAAGCUGCAGUUGAAAUGGUAAAGCAAAUCUUUUCUGUGGAGCCUGUACUCUACGUACCGGUAAGUUACGUGAAUAAAUUGGAGCUUCUUGGUCUCUUUUAUCUCCUCGAUGACAAUACAAACGCGGCAUUGUACUCUUGA